AUGAGCUCCUCUGCAUCAAACGUGGGAAAGUCCAUCCCUGCGCCGUCAAAUUCACCAGCUAUUCAAGCUGGCCCCGCGACCACAAGCUUCGAAUCAUCCCGUCGGCCAUCACAGGCCGGUUCCUCAUACACACAAUCGAUGCCUCGAAAGAUUCAGGGCUCGCGCAAGCAGCAUCGGAGCCAGCGUCGACCUGGACUUGGCGACAGAGCAGAUACCGGCCCCGAUGACGAAGACGCCAUGGCUGAGCUAAGAGCGUUCAGAAAUCCCAAUAGCAGGCGCGGGCAGACUUCCAUCACCCAUCUGUUGAAUUACUCUGUGGCACGACCAGUACAGGAUCAUCAUUCGCAUUCAAGGUCUUAUAGAAGAACGCCAACAUGGGGACCCGGGUCAGGAUACCACGCCAGCGACAAGGCUAGAUAUGUCCAUGCCAAUUAUCGCUUCAUCCUCUCUCCAGAGGGCACAUACAACAAACAAGCCACAGAUGCCGAUACCCAUCUUGACUGGUCUCUUGUAAUGCAGAUUAUCGCUUCAACCGAAUCACAGGGUUCGUCUUGCCCAAUUUGUCUUUCCGAGCCUGUGGCGCCACGAAUGGCGAAAUGCGGUCACAUUUUCUGCCUGCCCUGUCUUAUCCGAUUCAUGAACGCAGUGUCGAGCGAGGAUGAGGCAAAGGGUCGAGGUCCAAGGUGGAAGAAGUGUCCUAUUUGCGAAGAUUCCAUCUAUAUGCAAGAUGUGAGGCCUGUCAGGUUCUACGCGGGCCAAGAAAGCCCGUUCCCUCGAAUUGGUGAUGAUGUUGUCCUCCGAUUGAUGGCACGCAACGCAAACUCUACAAUGGCGCUCCCGCGAGAGAGCGGCUCUGAAGCUUUGUACUCUGUGGACGAUAUUCCUUGGCACUUUGCUGCCAAUGUUUUGGAUUAUGCCCGAAUGAUGAAAGGUACUACCGAUUACAUGUCCGCUCAAUACGACGAGGAGAUCGCCGCAUUGGCCCAGCAGGCAAAGGAAGAUGAGACAUUGUUUGGGCAGAACGACGAAGGGUCCCAGAAGGCGAUUCGAGCGAUCACAGCCGCCAAGGAGAAGCUGACCGAGCUUCAGGUUGUGGAGAGUCCAUCAACAUCAACAAAGGCUUCUACAGACGCCGAUUUUUAUUUUUAUAGUUCUCCGCCACACUUAUACCUGUCGCCGCUGGAUAUUCGCAUUCUGAAAACAAAGUAUGGGUCCUUCUCGUCAUUCCCUUCUACGCUUCUUCCUCGUGUCGAACAUAUCUCCACUGGCCAUGUGGUUGAUGAUGCUAUGCGACGACGGGCAAAAUACCUGGGCCACCUUCCUCGUGGAUGCGUUGUCAAUUUUUUGGAGUGCGACUGGACCGAUAUUGUGCCAGAAGAAACGCUGGCGUCGUUCUCAAGUGAGAUCGAGCGGAGACGAAGACGGAACCGCGACAAAGAGACACAAGAGGAACGCGAACGCCUCCAAGCUGAACGUGUCGAAGCAGCGAACUUGCGAAAAACUACGGGUUACCAGAGACUCCCUGAGCCGUUGGAGGAUGAUAAUGCCCCUCGGAUGGACCUUGAAGAAUUUCAACCAUUGAGCGGUCAUUCUGGAACCACGCCCCCGGAUCCUCGCCCAGGAUUUGAGACAUUGGCUGAUAUAUCAACCAGCCCAUCAAACCAGAGGACGGUCUGGGGCACGAGGGUGAUCAAUGGAUCGCCUGAGAUGGUAGCUGUGCAACAUUCAGAUGUUAACGACGGGUGGCUCAGAGACGAGGACCUAUUCGAUACAACGGAUAUUGCGAUGCAAAUACAGGCCAUUGAAGCAGCGGAAAGUAGCUUUCGCCCGGAUGAUAUCGGCGGAGCAGGGCCAAGCAGCAGUGGCGGCGGCAAUGGUGGAAGCGGAGGUGGUAAGAAGAAAAAGAAACAGAAAAUCACACUUAUGAGCACAGGGGGUCGGAGAGGUAACUAA